UUGUUUUAUUUUUUAUUUUUUUGCCUUUUGAAUGGGCAGUGUGAUAUAUUACAGUGGUAGAAUUUCACCAGUAAGGACAAGAUUAUGCUGUGGUAUUACAGUAAGUUUAUCCUCAUCAGUUAGUUUUUCAAGGCAGCAAGCGUUGGAACAAUUAGACAAGGAGCUAGCCAAAGGAGAUGAGAGAGCAGCACUUGGUCUGGUCAAAAACUUGCAGGGCAAACCAGACGGGCUUAAAUGUUUUGGUGGUGCAAGACAAGUUCCACAGAGGCUUUAUACAUUGGAUGAACUGAAACUUAAUGGAAUAGAAACUGCUUCACUUUUGUCUCCUGAGGAUGCUACGCUUGGCUCCAUUGAAAGGAAUUUGCAGCUUUUUGGUGUUCUUGGUGGUAUUGCUGUUUGGAAUGCUUUUGGGUUUAGUGCACAGCAGGCUUUUUAUUUUUCUCUUGGUUUCUUGUUUUUGUUGACUUUGGAUGCCGUUUCUUUCAAUGGAGGAAUUGGGAAUUUGGUUCUGGAUACAAUUGGUCAUACUUUUAGUAGUAAAUACCACAACAGGGUUAUUCAACAUGAAGCUGGGCAUUUCUUGAUUGCAUACUUAAUGGGCAUUCUUCCGAAGGGUUAUACACUAACUAGCUAUGAAGCUUUACAAAAGGAAGGAUCUCUUAAUGUUCAAGCAGGAACUGCUUUUGUAGAUUUCGAGUUCCUCCAAGAAGUUGAUGCCGGAAAAUUAUCAGCUACGACCUUGAAUAGAUUCUCAUGCAUCGCGCUAGCAGGUGUAGCAACAGAGUAUCUUCUCUACGGAUACGCUGAGGGAGGCCUUGCUGAUAUAAACAAGUUGGAUUUGCUGUUGAAAGGCUUAGGAUUUACACAGAAGAAAGCAGAUUCUCAAGUCCGAUGGUCCGUACUGAACACCAUUUUAAUUUUGCGUCGACACGAAGAAGCUAGAGCUAAACUUGCGGAGGCCAUGACCAUGGGGAAAUCUGUUGGAAAUUGUAUUGGUAUUAUAGAAGAUACUGUAGAUGAUGCAGAUAUAUAGUUUAUUAGUUCCGAGUUGGCUAUCUUGAGUUCCUAUAGAUACAACAAAGCUUGUAAAUCUUGACAUAAGUUUUGUGACUUUAUAGUAAAAUAUAUUUUCUCAA